GUGCUCGCGGCAGUAAACCACCGCGCGGUGGACGCCUACAUCGCAAAGUUGAGAAGAAGACAAGUCGUCGGCUCGCGUGAAGCGGCUCUAGAAACACUGCGCGUACUUCGCCAGGUCGUAUCAAAAGCACGGUUUUCCAAUAUCGACCAGCUGACCGGGAUUAUUCGUGGCGUAGGCGGACGCUUGGUGGAAGCGCAACCAAAAGAACAUUCCGUCGGCAAUACUGUCCGCAAGAUCUUACAUCAUGUACGAGACGAAUACAACGCCGCGUCGAAAGAAAAACAAAGCACCAACGAGCGGUCUGGCUUCUCGCUCUCCCACUUCGUCCUUCAGGGCCAAGUACGCAAAGAUAUAUGGCCGCUACAGUCUCUGCCGCUUUCCUCAGAAGAAGCUCCAAUAACUCUACGGGAAGACGACUCCAAUGACCCCGACUCUUUUGCAAAAGUGAUGAAGCCGGUGGUUAUGGACGCUAUUCAAGACGUGCUGGACGAGCUGGAGACAGUCUAUGACAACAUCGCAAAAGCGGCGAAGGAGCACAUUAACCCUGACGAGAUCAUCCUGACAAUAGGUCAUUCAAAAACUGUCGAGGCGUUCCUCAAAGCUGCGGCACAUAACCGUAACUACACUGUCAUCGUUGCAGAGACAGGACCCUCAUACAGCGGACACACGAUGGCCAAGGCUCUCUCCUCCGCGGGCAUCUCAACCUUCCUCGUGCCCGACUCCUCAAUAUAUGCACUGAUGUCGCGCGUGACGAAGGUCAUACUCAGCGCACACGCGAUCCUCGCCACGGGCGGCAUGUUCGCCAUCACCGGCUCGCUCCUCGCGGCCACCGCGGCGCGCAUGCACAGCACGCCCGUCGUCGUCUGCGCCGGCCAGUUCAAGCUCACGCCGCUAUGGAACCUGUACCACGAGUACGGCGCGCUCGACUUUGCGGAUCCGAGUAGCGUGCUCGGCUUCGAGGAGGGGAACCUCGUUGACAAGGUCGAGGUCCUAAACCCGUACUACGACUAUGUUGCCCCGGAUUUGGUCGAUGUAUUCGUCACGAACGACGGUGAUCACCCACCAUCAUCGAUCUAUCGGUUGAUUAAGGAGACAUACGAUGACGAAGACACCACGCUA